CUUGCCAAUUCGGAAACGUGGAAUCCUGCAGAAUGCCCACUCGUUCGUCCCUUUCAUAGUGGAAAGAUCCAAUACGGCUAUAACGCUAUCGCACGUUCACACCAAAGCUUCACUCUGCUAGGAGCCAAAGGAGAUCUCUUUUUGCCUGUUCUCUUCAUUUAUAUUCGAAAGCUUAAUUAGACGACGCGGGACUAAAGCUUGAAGCUUUCUUCUUCCAGCUGAAGGGGAAGCCCGAGAGGCGCAUAAUUUCCUCACUAGCCAGAGAAAAGGGGCUAUAGGAAGGCAAAACAAGCCCUUCCCAUAUAUGAUAUUGAACGGAUAAAGCUUCCAUCUUUGUUGGAUUGGAAAUUGGGCAUUCCAAAUUACGGAACAAAUCACUGGAGAAUCAUUUUUGGCGUCAUGGCAAGUCUUUUUCUAGGGAGCUUACGUUCCUUAUCCAUAUUGGUACUGGCAUUUCACACAUAUUAUUCACAAGCCUCACUGGAAAAUGGGGAUAGAAUAAAAUCUGCUACUUUUCUAUCCCCCAAAUUUGUGUUGGGACCAGGAUCAGUUGAGAACAGAUAUUAUCGAAAUAUUGAUUUCCCAAGAGGUCAUAUUGCUCUCAAGAGUUUUAAUGCUGAAGUAAUUGAUGAGGCUGGGAAUCCUGUCCCACUUCAUGAAACAUAUCUGCACCACUGGGUUGUUGCAAGAUACUAUCAACGUUUGGAUGUGGCGGAUACUGACAACAAUGAUGAGCUUCAAGUUCGCCAAUCAGAUCAUCUUUUUGCAGGGAACAGUGGGAUAUGCCAGGCCAAUGUUCUUAGACAGUAUUUUGGCCUUGGAUCUGAAACACGCAGAACAGCUACACAUGUUCCAGAUCCUUAUGGAAUAGAAAUUGGCAAUCCUGCUGAAAUUCCUGCAGGAUAUGAGGAGAGAUGGUUGAUUAAUGUGCAUGCAAUUGAUACUCGAGGUGCUGAAGAUAAGUUGGGAUGCACUGAAUGCAGGUGCGAUCUAUAUAAUAUCACAGUUGAUGAAUAUGGUCGUCCUUUGAGGCCAGAUUAUAAAGGAGGAUUAUACUGUUGCUACGACCACACACAAUGCAAAGUUAGACCAGGUUUUGAGGGGAUUAGGAGGAGCCUCUACCUGCGUUACACAGUGAAGUGGAUUGAUUGGGAUAGUUCCAUCAUCCCUGUGAAGAUCUUUAUAUUUGACGUCACUGAUACUGGGAAAAGGGUCAAUGGGUCUACAGGAAUGGAUCCAACGAGUGGUUGCCAGGUUGAAUAUGAGGUGGAGGCUUGCAGCACAACUGGUGUGACUAGUAAUGGGUGCAUUGAUGUCAGAAAAACAAGCCUAACCAUGCCAACUGGUGGGGAUGUCAUAUAUGGCGUUGCCCACCAGCAUACUGGGGGUGUUGGUUCAACUCUGUAUGGAGAGGAUGGACGUGUUAUAUGCACCUCAGUACCAACUUAUGGGGACGGAGCGGAGGCAGGAAACGAGGCAGGUUAUAUUGUAGGAAUGUCCACGUGUUAUCCUAAACCAGGUUCUGUGAAGAUAGCAAACGGGGAGAAUCUAAUUCUGGAAUCCAAGUACAGUAAUGCUCAAAAGCACACAGGAGUUAUGGGGCUUUUCUACAUUUUGGUUGCAGACCGUACACUAAAGCACACUACUUCCUUAGCUUCUCUUGUUCAUGUGCAUGAAAGCAUGGAACCGUCGAUACAAGCUUGGGAUAUAAUAGUUCUGUUGGGACUGACAAUAACCCUUGGUGUAGCUGCUGCUGUUCAUUCUUGGCUAAAGAAGGGAAACGCUGAUGGCUACCAACCAAUUCGGGUCUAGAGUUGUGCAGUUGGCUUAGAUAGAUAUUCACAUCAAUAAAAUUCUGAGAAUGAACUUCUAAUUCUCUUUAUAUAGCUGUACGGAUACUUAUGAUCUUCUUAGAGCAACUGGAAUUAAUCAUAUGGAAUGUAAUAUAUCUUGGCAGCAAAACUAUGUCCUCUGCUUUUGCUUAGUCCAAGUUUGUUUUCUUUUUAAUGUAAUAUUUUUAUUAUCUUGAUCAUAUUAAAUAAAUAAUGUUUUUUACCA